AUGACUGGGAUGUACAAUGGUGGCUCCUCCCUGUCCAUGCCAAAAAACCUGCAACCGGCUGGAAUCAAUGGUGACAAGACACCAGACACCGUUAGUCCGCGUGACAAGACACCAGACACCGCCAGUCCGCGUGACAAGACACCAGACACCGCUAGUCCGCGUGACAAAACACCAAACCCCGCCAGUCCGCGUGACAAGACACGAAACACAGCCAGUCAUCGUGACAAGACACCAAAACCCGCCAGUCAGCGUGACAAGACACAAGACACCGCCAUUAAGCGUGACAAGACCCCAGACACCGCCAAUAAGCAUGACAAGACACCAGGCACCACCAUUAAGGGUGACAAGACACCCAACACCGCCAGUCCGCGUGAAAAGACACCGAACACCGCCAGUCAGCGUGCCAAGACACCAAACACCGCCAGUCAUUGUUACAAGACACCAGAUACCGCCAGUCAGCGUGAAAGACACCAGACACCUCAGCUUGACAAGAUACCAGACAACGCCAGUCACCGUGACAAGACACCAAACACCGCCAGACAGCGUCACAAGACACCAGACGUCGCCAAUCAGCGUCACAAGACACCAGACACCGCCAGUCCGCGUGACAAGACACCAAAUACCGCCAGUCACCGUGACAAGACACCAAACACCGCCAGUCACCGUGACAAGACACCAAACACCGCCAGUUAUCGUGACAAGACACUAAAUACCGCCAGUCACCGUGACAAGACACCAAACACCGCCAGUCACCGUGACAAGACACAAAACACCGCCAGUCACCGUGACAUGACACCAAACACCGCCGGUCACCGUGACAAGACAUCAGACACCGCCAGUCACCGUGACAAGACACCAAACACCGUUAGUCUGCGUCACAAGACACAAAUCACCGCCAGUCAGCGUCAAAAGACACCAGACACCGCCAGUUCGCGUGACAAGACACGAGACACAGCAAGUCAGCGUGACAAGACACCCAAACCCGCCAGUCAGCGUGACAAGACACCAGACACCGCCAUUAGGCGUGACAAGACACCAGACACCGCCAUUAAGCGUGACAAGACACCAGACACCGCCAGUCAGCGUGACAAGACACCGAACACCGCCAGUCAGCGUGACAAGACACCAAACACCGCCAGUCAGCGUCAAAAGACACCAGACACCGCCAGUCCGCGUGACAAGACACGAAACACAGUCAGUCAGCGUGACAAGACACCAAAACCCUCCAGUCAGCGUGACAAGACACCAGACACCGCCAUUAAACGUGACAAGAGAUCAGACACCGCAUUAAAGGGUGACAAGACACCAGACACCGCCAGUCAGCGUGACAAGACACCGAACACCGCCAGUAAGCUUGAAAAGACACCAAACACCGCUAGUCAGCGUGACAAGACACCAAACACCACCAGUCCGCGUGACAAGACACGAAACACAGUCAGUCAGCGUGACAAGACACCAAAACCCUCCAGUCAGCGUGACAAGACACCAGACACCGCCAUUAGGCGUGACAAGACAUCAGACACCGCAAUAAAGGGUGACAAGACACCAGACACCGCCAGUCAGCGUGACAAGACACCGAACACCGCCUGUCAGCGUGACAAGACACCAAACCCCGCUAGUCAGCGUGACAAGACGCCAGACACCGUAAGACAGCGGGACAAGACACCAAACCCCGCCAGUCAGCGUGACAAGACACCAGACACCACAAUUAAGCGUGACAAGACACCAGACACCGCCAGUCCGCGUGACAAGACACCAGACACCGCUAGUCAGCGUGGCAAGACACCAGACACCGCCAGUCACCGUGACAAGACACCAAACACCGCCAGUCAGCGUCACAAGACACCAGACACCGCCAGUCAGCGUGACAAGCCACCAAAAUCCUCCAGUCAGCGUGACAAGACACCAAACACCGCCAUUAAGCGUGACAAGCCACCAGACACCGCCAUUUAG